GACUGAUGUUUGCCGUGGGAACGUUUUUGCAGUCUGCUCAUAAUUUGUUGGCCUGGCUAGUCUGUUUGUGUGGAUAACAAAUUCAGUUGGACGUGAGGUUACCAAGAGCAAGUGCGCUCGGAUAAAGUUCUGGAAAUGCUUUGGCUUCGUCAGAAGAUAGCGCCUCUGUUUGAAGAACGAGAGCGCAGUCCAGGUGCAGAGUCCUUCUGUUCAGCACUGUCAGAAGGUGCAGAAUCCUAUUGUUCAGCUGUUUCCGAAGUUCAUCCUAGCAGCACUUGCACGACUUACUACAGUGCUGGUGUUAGUUCGUCAGAAUCGGACUCUGAAUAUGCUGACGCAGUAGAUUCUCCGCCACCACAAGUGCUACAAAGCUCCAGUCCAUUGGAGAGGAUAGACAGAUCUUUUUUUGCUGAUGAAGAUGGGGGUGAGUCAAAAGCUCAAUUGGAAUCAUUCAGCUAUGGAAAGCUGUUUGAGGACGUCUAUGGAAAGGCAAUCCAUAGACCCCCUAUUCUAUGUGGACGGAGAAAUCGAGAAGAGACUACUAACGAAAAUAAGGCUUCUAUAAAGCAGAGUAGACAGACAUGUAGGAUCAGGCAGCAUCGUAGGCCUGACUGGGCAGAAUCUGCCUCCAUUCAACAACACUACAAUGAAGGCAAUUUUCGGCCAGGGCCAUGCCACAAAAGUAGUUCUUCUGGUUCAUGGUAUGAACAAAACUCUCAUGGAAUGUAUAGUGACAGCAAUAAUCAGUCUCUCGAUGGAUAUCCUGCAAAAUGUGCACAGGUCUCCACAUCUUUGCCACAAGAAAUCCGAUCAGAAUAUGACAUGAGCCACUGUUAUCCUCUGCCACACACACUGCUCAGCGAUGAGACACCCCUACCAUCAGCGACCAGAUUUGAUCAAGUGUCAUUUUAUAUGUCGGAAGAAUUUCAAGAAGUUGCUGAUUCUUUUAGUGAGCUUAUUCUACAAGAUGCUGUGAUUGAGGCAGCUGAAAAUAUAACUGUGGGGCUUUACAGAGAGGAAAGAAGGGAGAGUGAUGUUGCUAAUGAAUACAGUCAGAGAAUUGGUGUUAUCGAUACCGAGACAGGUGAAAGACAGUGGGAAGCCCUGGGUAAGUUCAGUGACACAAAUGACAAGAACUUGGUAGAAGACAAAAACUUGGAAACAUUUUCCGCUGAAGAUCAAGAUAUUAUUGAUGCAUUUGAUAAACACUUCGAGCCAUACAUUGAAUGUGAAGAUGAGCGAGUGCUGUCAAAUAGUAGCUUUGAUGAGGGUCAGUUCGAUGGCGUCUCUGAAGGUGAUGAAGACGAAGAGUGCGAUCGAGGCCUACUCAAUAAAAGUGCCCUCUUGGGAAACUAUAAAAGGUUCCCAAAAAGCGAAGAAGUUGAAAAAGAAAGAAAUGGGCUUACCCAUGGACACUCCUUGUCUGAAAGUUGGCCUUUCACAGCUCGAGAUAGCAUUGAGUCCAGCAGUGUACCUCCUUCUGAAUCAAUGACAGGUUCUGUAGAGGAGCUUUCAUCUAGGCACAAACGCAAAGAUCCAGUCCAGUCCAGUGUUGACUCUCCUACAAGUCCAACACGCUUGGAUGGUUGCAAGCCUUUUGAAAACCAUACACUUAGCAGUGCACAGAAAGGUGGUCCUGUGUUAACUUUCGAAACCUAUGAUCCUCGAAAAAUGCAGAACAAAAUGGGGCAAGAUUGCUUUGCCAUUCAACAUGCUGCUGAUAAGAUUUUUGAUCUCCUUGACACUAAAGAAGAUAGUUGGAGACCUGAGCAAGAUGUGGGCAGCCUUUAUGAUAGAAAGGAGAUUGCAGCAAAGGAUGAUAUACAGACCUGUGCAUCUUCUGUGCCUGUAAUUGUGUCUGACAAUGGUUCGGUAGGUCAGCCGCCCAUUAGACCAUCCCGCAAGAGGAAAGAAACUGUGAAGGAUGACAAAAUGUCUCGUCUCGAACCACAUGAGCCACCUGUCUCUGUGUUGGAGCUUAAGGACAAGUUGCCUAGAAUUCCAUCUCUCAACAUCAGUGGUGAAGCAGUUGAUAAAGAGAUAUUAUUUAACACCAGAAGGGACACUGGUCACCAGUCAGUAGUGGUACAAGUUGGAAAUCAUGCUGGUAUGGAAAAGGAAGCCUACACUGGCCAACAUGCCCGAUGGGGAAUGCAGGAAGCCCACUUCAAGACAAGUAAUGUGCAGCGUGAAAUGCAUUCAAGUGCUGAGCCCAACAAUGACUGCACUAUAUUAACCAGAGACGUGUCUUUGCUGGGGCACAGCCAUACGAUGCGGCAGCACGAUGCAGAAGACAGGCUUGGGACAGCUGGUAAAAGUGAAUGUAAGCGUAUCGCUGCACCUUCUAGAACUGAAGAGCAAAUACAAGCUGAUACAACUGUUUCUAACAUGAAGCCUAUUUCUAAACAAGAACAAAAUGUGCGGAUGCAGGUGCCUAACGAAGCUAGUGGGGAAGAGCCAUAUCUUUGUGAUAAUCUGUCGGGAAGUGAAGUUGACGCAGGAAUGGUUCACCUUCCCUUUUCACUGUCUGAACUUUCAGGACAUGUGUUUGACGAUGAUCUUCCUUUGGAUGUCGUAUCCUUUAAGGUAGUUGACAACUGUGACUUCCUCCGAGAAAUUGGAAGUGACCUGCACAUAAUGAAGCUGGGUGCAAGAGACAAGCUAUCAGCUUUCAUUGUUGAUUAUGUUGACCCUGAAUGUCCUGAAAGUGCUAUGUACAGAAGGGAGGCUGAGCCAGUUGAAUCGAAGGAAUUUCUCCACGAGUCGGCACCAUCUUCUUCAGUCUACGAAGAUGAGCUUGUACCACCCUCACAACCUCAGGGCACCUUUAAUGUCACGCAUGCAAGAACAUCAUACGACGUCUCUGAAGCUACAAGUCAAGUCGGUUCAAGUACUGAGAAGGAAGUUCUGCUUACAGGACGUCAGAGCAACAUUGAGAAAUACGCUUCCUUCCUUGCUAAUGAAUGCAUGACUGAAGCAGAAGCGGACUUCUGCUGUCAGGGGCAUCGUCAAGGAUACCAAGAUAAUACAGGGUGUUUUAGAGAACCACAGACAAGCAAGGAAGGCAUGGUUUACGAAGAAGACUUGGUGAUGCAGGGCAUUGUAAACACUGGAGAGCUGGAUCGCAACUACCAAUCUGACAAUUCAGCUAUAGGACUUCCAAAUGAAAGACUCAACACAGCUCUCCAACGAAACAAGGAAGGAUAUCCGCAGGACAAGCCAGGAAGAAGCCCACGCUCUCCUGUUCCUAGCAGGAUUGUUGAUGAAGAAAGGUUCUCCAAACGUACAGACUCCGAGUACCCUCCGCUGGGCAAGGAUGACUUGGAUAAAAUGAAGGGCCGAGGGAAGGGCAUCCAGGGCCAUCACAACUCGUGCUAUUUGGAUGCCACACUCUUUGCUAUGUUUGCUUGCACCCAUGUCUUUGACUCUAUACUAUACAGGGAAAGGAGCAGCGACGACAUUGAUCGAUACGAUGAGGUUCGCCAUGUACUCAAGGAUGACAUUGUCAACCCUCUUAGAAAAGGCCAAUAUGUGCCCCAUGGAAAUGUUAUGAAACUUCGGCAUCUGCUGGACCAGCUGAGCAAUGUCUCUGGAUUAACUACAGAGGAGAAAGAUCCUGAGGAGUUCCUAAAUUCAUUAACACAAAUUCUUAAAGUUGAGCCCUUUUUAUUGCUUAGCUCUGGCCAGCAGACACACCUGUAUCAACUGUUUGUUGAGAAAGACAAAUUUCUGGAUAUUCCAACAGUGCAGCAGCUCUUCCACCAGUCCAUAUUCGAGUCAAAUAUAAAAUUUAAGAAAGUUCCAUCAAAGCUCAUAAUCCAAAUGCCACGAUUUGGACGGCAGUUCAAAGUCUACUCCCGAGUACUUCCCAGUCUCAAGUUGGAUAUCACGGACAUACUUGAGAAUUCUCCUCGAUUCUGCUUUGUGUGUGGGAGGCGGGCCUCAUAUGAGUGUCGCCAGUGCUUCAGAGCAGACAUUGGUCUGGAAGGCAUCGGCUACUGCAAGCACUGCGAACAGUCUGUUCACCAGCACCCCGAUCGUAAAGGUCAUAAGCUGGAUAAGCUGGGAAAUAUCCCAGGCUUCAGUGAAGGCAGUCCAACUGCCAGGACUUGCAUGGAUCUUUUUGCAGUUGUUUGCAUUGAGACAAGCCAUUAUGUCUGUUUCGUCAAAUGUGGAGAUGACGACUCUGCCCCAUGGUGCUUCUUCGAUAGCAUGGCUGACAGAGAAGGUUGCGAAAACGGAUACAAUAUUCCUGAAGUAGACGAGUUCCUCGACUUCAAUAGUUAUGUCGGGAAGUCUGGCAUAGAGAAACUGCAAGAACUAACAGACGACAAAAUGUUACCUCGUUUGGGACGGAAACUUGUCUGUGAUGCAUAUAUGUGCAUGUACCUCGACAAGACUGUUCGGCAGUACGAGUGACGUGCCAAAUUUGUGGCAGCAUUGUUAUGCAUAGUUGUGCUUUAGUGAUCCCUUAACUGUUGAUUAAAGGUUUGAUAUAUUUCUA